CGCACUCUGAAAAACCAUCGCCAUGGCGCCAAAGAAAGGUGCCGAUGCCAAGGCCAAGGCCAAGUCGGCGCCAGCUCCAAAGGCCGCUCCUGAGAAGGACAAGGCACCGAAGGCUGCAGCGAAACCUGCUGCGAAGUCUGCUGCGGAGAAAGUGAGCCGCAGGCAAGCGAAGGAAAGGGAAGAAGCGCAAAAACAGGCGACCAUCGAUGCCAUGAUGAACCCAGAAUGCGAUGAAGAAGAGGAUGAAGACGAGGAAGUGAUUCUGGACGUAUCUGGGAACUUUCGUCCUGCUGAACGAAAGAAGGAGGCUUCAGAAAUUUCUGAAGCCAUGCGCGAGGAGCUGCGUCGGCAGCGCGAGGAGAAGGCGGCCUUACGCGAGGCCGAACGCUUGGAGAAGGCGGAAAGCAAGGGGAAGUCCGCGGCCAAGGACCUCCAAUCAGUGUUGGAGAAGGUGGAGAAAGAAGGCGUUCGCGCCAGACGAGACUUGAAUCCUGUCGUUGAAACAUCAGGCGAAGGCAAACUUUCCAACAAGGAGCGUAGAGUCUACGCGAAAUACCUGGAGAAACAAAAGGAAGAGGCCGAAGAGCAGGAGCAACGCUCGAAACGAGAAGAGUUGGGGGAUGAAGUGGCACAACUCGACGAGGAAAGCUCCAAGAACUGGGGAAAAGCCACACCACGCCACGCUUCUCAGUGGCGUCACAUUCCUGGGCCUUGCUGCGGCUUGGACGCUUGGACCCCCCUCUCGGAUUGA